GUAAGUGGGAGCCAGUGUUAGAUCCAACUCUAAGUCUUCGGGUGGAUUUAUUAAUCUUUUUAGCGAUUUAGAGUUGACAACAUGCUCUAUCURGUCGUAGUUUUUCUGUCGUUUAGUGUCGUCGUACUUGGAGAAGAUGAUCAGUCAAUGGCUGUGAACUUCCUCAACAAGUACAACUACAUUUCGAAAUCCAGAUCUGGAAUCCACGACUUACCAUCUGCUAUCAAGAAAUUCCAGGAAUUUAACAGCCUCCCAGUCACCGGUGAACUAGACCAGGCAACGGUAAAACUGAUGAAGACGCCGAGAUGUGGUUUGCCAGAUGUUGACGAUAAUGGCAAUCGACGGCGUCGUUACGUCACAUAKGGAAAAUGGAGGAAGAGUGCCUUGACGUAUUACGUCGAGCAUGGCGCUGACUUGAGUAAGAMACAGCAAGAUAAAGACUUCAGAAAUGCCCUUCAGUUUUGGGCUGACCAGUCGUCGUUGACGUUCCGACAAGUGUAUUCAGGAAAUGAUGCUGAUCUUAAAAUCAGUUUUGGUCAUUACACACAUCAAGGCACAAACGUAGAAAACACCUGUGGAUAUCCAUUYGAUGGACAAGGAGGAGUCCUAGCACACGCMUUCUUCCCCGAGGAUGGACGCGCUCAUUUUGACGAGAGUGAAACCUACACAUCUAACACUGACCAAGGCACUAACCUUCUCUGGGUGGCAACCCAUGAGUUUGGACAUUCUCUCGGGCUUUCUCAUUCCAAUGUGCAGGGUGCAGUCAUGUAUCCUUACUACACGGGAUACACGCCUGGAAUGAAGCUGCAUUCUGAUGAUAUCAGUGGUAUACAAAGCUUAUAUGGUGGUCCAGUCCCAACUGCACCAACAACAAGCGCCCCAGACGUAUGCAAGGAUAGGUCGCCACGCUGUGAKGCUUAUAAAGCUGCUGGACGCUGCACGAGCUGCCGUAAAAUCAUGAAGAAGUGGUGCAAGAAAACAUGCUCUUAUUGCUAGAUUAUCCAGGACCAGCACCUUUUGCUAACGGACUGGUGKGACUAGCUAAAUGGCAUGUUUGACAAAGAAGAAAUCAUUAAAAAAAGUUUCAAACAAGUA